UAUAUGUAUAUUUUAAUCAUAUCUAUUAUAUUUUAUUUCUUUCCUCUCUUUUUUUUCUAUGAAAACAAUUUGUACUGAGCAUACCUCUCUUAUAACUUUCAAUGCAGAAAGUGCAAGAAAGUGUAACCAAAACAAAAACAGCUGAUAGCUCCACAUCUUUCACAAUUACGUGCAAUUUGUGUAAUUGUAUAAUUCCUAUAACAAUCAAUGGGAUCAAAGAUGUGGAUAUGGAAAAAUAUACCGGGUAUUCCAGGCCGCUGCAACGAUGUGCUUUACAUGCGGCCGGUUUCACAGCCAACGCCUGACCUUCUUGUAUUCUUCGGUGGUGAUGUCCAAGAUACUCAAGAAAAUAUGGAAAAACAUCCAGAUAGUAAGGAAUAUAUAAAAUGGAGCUUAGAAAAUACAGCGACAAUACUCUCUAAACAAUUUCCUAAAAGUCACAUAUUUGUUGUUCGUCCAGCCAGGAUGUCAAUAACUAAACAUGCAGUGUUCAGUUGUUUCGAUAACUUUGUACCAGGAGAUAAAUAUGGUACGCCCUCAUUUUGCCCAAUGUACAAAGCUUUACAGCAUUUAAGAGCACUCCUUCUUUGUUGCCUAGAACAUGUUAAAACAUUAACAAUGAAAGAGGAUGCCAACAAUCUUAAUAUUGAAGCAACAAAUUUAAAUCUAAUGGGCUUCAGUAAAGGAUGCGCGGUUUUAAAUCAAUUUCUUUAUGAGUUUCACUAUUAUGAUGAGAAUAACGAUGCCAAUAUAAAUAGUUUUAUAAAACUUAUCAAAAAUAUGUGGUGGUUGGACGGUGGACACAAUGGUUCUGAAAAUACUUGGAUUACAGAGCAAAAUAUACUUCAAUCCUUUGCUAAAUUAAAAAUAAAUACUCACAUACACGUUACACCAUACCAAAUGCAAGACAUUGAUCGGCCAUGGAUUCGUAUGGAAGAAAAUAACUUCAAUGGAAUUUUACAAAGUAUGGGAGCACCUGUACAACGAACUUUACAUUUUGGUAACAAAGCACCAAGUUUGUUAUCACAUUUCAAUAUUCUUACAGAUAUCAAAAGUAAUAUAGGAUAAUGCUGUCAUAUCCUACUUUUUAAAUGUUGAAAUUUACUAAUUUUAUAGACUACAAUUAGUAAAAUAAUUGAGAUCACAAUUUUUUCUUAACUUGAGAAUCAAAGUAAACUAUAAAAUCAUAAGCAAAUUAUAAUCUUGUUAAUAAUGUAAUUAAUGAUUUUAUUCCAAAUUACAAGUUAUACAAAUGAUUUAAUAGAAUUCAUUUGUUGAAUAUUUCUGCAAUAUGCACAUGCAAUGUGAUUAAUAUUAUCUUACCAUUCUUAAUCUAGUCAUAAAUAGUAAAUCUUAAUUAAAUAUCAUUUACAAUAUUAUAUUGUACAAAUCGUAUGAUUGUACAAAUCGUAUUAUUGUACAAAUCGUAUUAUUGUACAAAUCGUAUGACAUUUAUUACUGUAAUUUGAUAUGCAAAUUUGUUCACUGAUAAUCUGAUCGCUUAUCUAUAUCAGAUAUUUUUUUAGUGAUCAAAACAAAUUGUGAUUAUUUAUUUUACUUAGCAACUUUAGAAAAUAUAAUAAUUAUUCUUAU